CGACCCUGGAAAUUCUGUUUUCUUUAUGCACGCGGACCGAUGAUCUCCAAUCUGUUGACACCAAAGUGCAUCACGCGAUCGGGAGUUUGAACUUUUUUUUUUUUUGCUGCAGAUAAACCAAAAGACAGGUGGUUACGCAAUAAAACCAUCAACUGGUGGUCAACAACGGCGAUCAUCGGUCGAGGAAUCCCACCGGGACGUUGCUGUUUUCCAUAAACUUGAUCGGUACCUCACUCAGCGACGUCAUAUGUACGCCACAACUAGAUGUAGAGCUCAUUGAUCGCGAAGAAGACAUGACAUCGGUGGUGGACCUGGAAAGAACUGGAUUUGCGCUGGAAUACCAGAACCAGGAUUCCCAGUUCUGAGAAUCGCCGUCGCUCGCUCGCCGUGAGGGGAAUAGGAUGGUCGAUCCUGCGGUGAUGGUUUUGUUUUUUUUCUGAGCUCACUAUCUCAACUCGGUGCGAUAGAAUACACUAGUGAAAGAAAAAAAUCCCUUCUAUAAAAGCAUUCGCGCAUGGAACUCCGUCCAAUAGAUCAUCCAUCGUUAGGCAACGCGAUCGGACGUACCUCUCUGAUAGUAUACUUGAGCAUAUUUUCAGUACAGUAGCAGUAGUCUAAAGCCUAAGAAUCGCGAUCAUACCACUUUUUUUAUUUCAACGAUCACCGAGGAACAUUCCCAAAGAGUGUGAAAAGUGACAAGUUCCAAGUUUGCCAGACUGUCCACAAUAACUGACCGCGAGGCCCUCGAGUAGUGUGUUGUCGAUAAUUGAUUAGAUUAACUAUCAAACCGUAAACGUGUGUGGGGUGCAAAAAAAACAAGUGAUCUUGGCCUGAGACCUUUUAAGGACAUCGUGUCAUUCUUUGCACCACUUGGCAUCGAGUCUUCGAUUAGGCACCUGUUCUAAUAUAUAAUUAUCAUUACUCGCCGAAGCCGGCUACAGAGAUACCCACUAAAAAUAGCCGCAACAGUUAGUUAUCCAACAUAUAAGAACGAUCUUAUCGGGCUCAAGAUGAAAUCGCUGGCGUUGCUGAUCAGUUUUUUGGUGCUGCUGGUAGCUGAAUCGAUUCUGGCCUCACCGAUUCUGUUUGACAAACUGUUUGGAUUUGCCGCCUAUCAACCGACGUAUGGUGGAGCUGGCUACGGAGCAGGAGGAGGUUACGGCGGUAAUUCCUACGGAUACUAUCCGGUGUCUGGCGGUGGCGGAAUUGCUGCUCCAACACAGAAGGCUCGCAAACCGAAAACAGGACGCUCCUACAAAGAGAUUUGUCGGGUGAUCAAUCCGACUCCUUACGCCCUGCCGGGAAGUAUACCAGCUGCCGGGGCUCCUUUCUGUCCAUAUUGAAGGUCGAAUUUAAUAGGCACCUUGAGCCAGCAACGAAGAAAACUCGUGUAAGAUAAGCAGGAUUUACUGUUUUGUGAAGUAAAUCAGUGUUCAUCUCAGUUAUGUUUUAAGUUUAGGGCUAAGGCAUUGUGUUCCUUUUGAAUAGGUUUAAGUCUAUGUGUUCUUUCCCAAAUUGUGUGCUCUCUGUAGUUUCAAGAUUGUUAAUUGAUGUUUUGAAUUGAUAAGGAUUGAUGUUUUGAAUUAAGAAGCAUGUGCAUUUCUUGUGAUAGGAUAGUGUGAUAAUGUGUUGAAAUAAAAACCGAUUUCGAGUACUCAGCAUAAACGUUCGAAAUAAAUACAAAGUUAUAACACACGUGUGUUGUACACUACGAUGACAAUCAAAUCACAUAUUUUAUCGGUUGAAUUAAUGCAGCUACCGACACAGAUUGGUAGUUGCUCUGUAGGGUC